AUGGCCCCCACACGUCACCGGCCGGGGGAGGCCCCCGCCCGCGCCCCGUUAGCCACUGAUCAAAGGGGCGUGAUUGUGUUCUUGAGGCCAACUGUUGGCACGCACGAGUACCUGGCGCCCGAGAUCGUGUCCGGGGACGGGCACGGCAGCGCGGUGGACUGGUGGACGCUGGGCAUCUUCGUCUUCGAGCUCCUGUACUGGGCCACGCCGUUCCGGGGCCACUACGACGAGGCCACGCUCGCCAACAUCGUGGCGCGCACGCUCGAGUUCCCCCGGGACCAGGACCCGCCACCGCCGUGUCAGUGUCGCCGGCCGCCAGGGACCUCGUCGCCGCGCUGCUCAUCAAGGACCCCGCGCGUCGCCUCGGCCAUCAAGCGGCACCCGUUCUUUGGCGGCGUCAACUGGGCGCUGCUCCGGUGCACUAAGCCCCCUACGUGCCGCCGUCGUUCAGCGUGCGUAACGGUAAGGCUGGCGGCGGCGGCAGUGGGAGCGUACUUGUCGGACGGCAGUUGUCCCUGUAAUUCACUGUAA